AACUAUAACCCGUGCAACGCACAGGUGUGAUACUAGUAAAAAAUGAUAGAGAGUGAAAUUUAUAGAGGCCUUGUUUUGGGAACGUGUUAGCAUUUUAAAUAAAAUUUUAAUUUUAUAAAUUAAUUGUGAGGAAGCUAUUAAGCUAAUGCUUAAAGCUCCGGUGUAGGGUGCGCGUGAAGCGAACAUCGCCGAGCAUAGCCAUGGCGAUACUCUCCCAAAACCCAGCAACCUUUUAUCUGAAACUCAAUGCAAAAUCACCAAAGAAAUCACUUCCAGGCACAUCUUAUAAGAUCAAGAAUUCAAUUUCACCAAAAAUUGCGCCUUUUUCUUCUUUUCUGCUCUCUACCCGUUGUUACUCUGCUCUUUCCCAGCGCCCCCUCAGAUAUGCAGUUCUUGGUGCUGGCUAUGCUGGGUUAUCUGUGGUUUGGCAUUUGUUGCAGAACAGUUCCAAGGAGGCACAUCUUUUCAUUCAUAUAUAUGAUGAAAUCGGCACUGGUGGAGGUGCGUCCGGAGUUUCUGGUGGACUCCUCCAUCCAUAUUCUCCCAAAGUUAAAUUACUCUGGAAAGGAGAAGAGUGUUGGAAGGAGAGUCUAAACCUUUUAAGGGUAGCUGAAGAUGCAAAAGUGUCCAAAUCAUUAUGCGUAGAAGAACAAGAUCAAGGUCAAAGUGGAAGGGACUUCAUGGUUAGGAGAAGCGGAAUUCUGAGGCCCGCACUUAGUUCGAAGAAUAUGGACAUUAUGAUUGAUAAUGCAGAACACUGUCUUCACAGCUGUAGAAUAGAGGCCAUUAAUAAAGAAAGUGCACAUAAGAUUGUUCCGGAUUUAUUUGUGCCUCUAGACUUGGCCUUUCACAUGCCCGAAGCUCUCACUGUAAAUUCCAAAUAUUAUCUUGAGGCACUCUACUUGGCAUGCCAAAAUGCUGCAAAAGACGCUUCGGAUUUGAGUGCUGCCCCGAAAGAGUUGCAUUUGCACAAAAAAUCUAUUGACUGUCUCUCUGAACUAGCAGGGGAGUAUGAUGCCGUGAUCAUAUGUCUCGGUGCCAGAGCAGCUUUUCUCCCGGAGCUCUCCGGAAGGAUCCCAUUGCGGACAUGCAGGGGCAUUAUCGUCCACCUGAAGGUUGACGACGAUGCAAGAGAGGAUUAUACAGAUGACUUCCCUUCCAUACUAGGAGAUGCAUGGCUCGCCAUUCACGGCCCGCGAGAUCUCCGAGUAGGUGCCACGUGGGAUUGGAACUCAAGGAACUAUUCGAGUCAGGUUUCACAAGAGGAAGCUGGUAAAGCCGCAGAAGAGCUUCUGUAUAGAAAGGCAUCCAUGUUGCAUCCCGCCAUAAGGAACGACCGGGCUACCAUAGCCGGUGCGAGCGGAGGCCUAAGGGCAAUGCCACCACUCACGCCUCAAGGGUCGCUUCCGCUCUUGGGUUGUGUUGACGAGUUUGUGGUCGGGAACCAAAGGAGCAAAAAGUUUUGGUUGCUUACCGGGCUCGGAUCAAGGGGUUUGUUGUACCAUGGUUGGGUAGGCAAGCUGACGGCGCAAGCGGUUGUUUCUUGUGAUGAGGACUUGAUCCCUCCUGAACUGAUUUCAUGGAAGAGCAUAGUGUCUCACAAAGACACACAGUGACAGAAACAGAAACAGUUAUCUUGUGUGUGUCUAUGAGACACGAUGGUGUCAAAUAUGGGGUUCCCAUAGUGGGUUUUUACUGUUUUA